AUGAAAUCAUCACAAACAUGUAUUAAUGAUAUUGAAAUGAAACUUGAUGAUUUAAGUAAACAAAUAAAACAAUGUCAAAAAGAAAACAAAUUUAAUGAAGUUGAAUUAAAUCAUCUAAGAAAUCAACUAAUAGAAAUUGCAAAAGAAUUCAAUAAUCCAUCAAAUAUGUCUAUCCAUCAAAAUUCACGAUCAUUUAUUAGUGAAAUUUCAAUUAUUUUAUCAAAAAAACCAACAUGGCACAAAUGGAAACAAAAUGGUAUCACUGUGGCUGCUGGAAAUGACUACGGAGAAGAAUUAAAUCAACUCGAUCGCCCUGGAGGUAUCUUUAUUGAUAAAAACAAAAAUAUUUUCAUUGCUGAUUGUUAUAAUCAUCGUAUUGUUGAAUGGAAAUGUAAAGCAAAGGAAGGAGUAAUCAUUGCAGGUGAAAAUAAACAAGGAAAUCGAAUGAAUCAAUUGAAUUAUCCAACAGAUGUAAUUGUUGAUCAACAAAAUCAUUCCAUCAUCAUUGCUGAUAAAAAGAAUAGACGAGUGAUUCAAUGGUUGAAUCAAAAUCAACAAAUUCUCAUUUCGGAUAUUCACUGUUCUCGUUUGGCAAUGGAUAAAUAUGGAUUUCUUUAUGUUUCUGAUUGUGAGAAGAAUGAAGUGACACGAUGGAAAAUGGGAGAAUACAAUGAAGGAAUUGUAGUGGCAGGUGGACAUGGACAAGGAAAACGACUCAAUCAACUUAGUUUUCCUAGUUUUAUCUUCGUUGAUAAACAUCAAUCUGUUUAUAUAUCGGAUAGAGACAAUCAUCGUGUGAUGAAAUGGAGAAAAGAUACAAAAGAAGGAAGAGUUGUGGCUGGAGGAAAUGGUGAAGGAGAAAAUCUCGAUCAAUUGUCUGAACCUCAAGGAGUCAUUGUUGAUGAUUUGGGUCAAAUCUAUGUGGCAGAUUCUGCGAAUGAUCGAGUAAUGCGUUGGUGUGAAGGACAAGAAGAAGGUGAAAUUGUUGUUGGAGGAAAUGGUUAUGGAGAUGAACCAAAUCAAUUAUUCGGGCCUCAUGGUUUAUCUUUUGAUAACGAUGGAAAUCUUUACGUUGGUGAUUAUUGGAAUAAUCGAAUUCAAAAAUUUAAAAUAAUUUUGUGA